AUGGAAAUUCUAAUACUGUUAGUGUUCGUUGCUGCUUUACAAGCUGAGACGAACACCGGAAGUUGUAAGGACAUGUUACAUGGCUAUCUGACAGGACAAUUGUCGUCUGCUUUAGGGGUGUACCAAGUAGAGGCUUUAAGGCGGGAAUUCAAAAGUUUUACAGACGUAAUCGAGAAAUCCUUGAAAGAGUUUAAAGAAAACAUGAAGUCUGAAGUAAAGACACACACUGGUAACAAUAGUGUAGUUUACACCAGAUGGGGAAAGAAAACCUGUCCUUCCAAUGCCGAAUUAGUCCAUUCAGGGUUUACCGGAGGGUCUUAUUAUACUCACAGAGGAGCAGCUGUAGAGCCUCUUUGUUUACCGAGGAAUCCAGAAUGGGAGAAAUACACUGAAGGGCAUGAUGGAUCUAAAAAUUAUGUUUUUGGUGCAGAAUAUGAAACUAAUACAUUUACAGGCUACAUUCAAACACUUCAACAUCACGAUGUUCCAUGUGCCGUUUGUCUGGCUCGCCAAAGAUCCAUUGUUCAGAUGUUUCCAGCAAGAAAAACGUGUUACAAAGGAUGGACAUUGGAAUAUCAUGGGUACCGAAUGGCGGGUUAUCAUGACCACGCAGCUGGAACAACCUACACCUGUAUUGACAGUCAUCCCGACACACUACACCGUGGCUCUACUGUUAAAUAUGGUAGACUGUUUUAUCCUGUUGAAGCUUAUUGUGGUUCUUUGAAGUGUCCUCCUUAUGUUGCAGGGCGAGAACUAGUGUGUGCUGUUUGUUCUAAAGAAUAA